AUGUUGAAGCUUUUUGUUCAAAUUGUAGCGCUACUAGCUUCAGCGUCUUCAGCUAUAUCGACCACAAUUCCUGGCGUAGUAGGACCUGAUGUUAGCCUGGAGAAGGAUGCUGAGCUAUACGACGCAUGUAAAGCUGCUGAUCCAAAGCUAGUUUUUGCAGGCAUUCGUUACGGAGAAGGGCCGCCAGAAGUGGUUCAAUAUAAUCAAUGUGUCCCGUGGCGAAAGAACGGGAAAACAAUCGCGAACGCCGUAUUUUGCCAACCUGCAUCGUGCUAUGUAUUCGCGGACGAGCAUUGCUCAGAAGGACCUACUACGCCCGCACCAGUUGACGUUCCGGUUUCCGUCGAUUUUUUGAAUGCCGCGGAUUUCGUGGAAUUGCUGGGACAAAGCGCUUAUUGCUCCCCAAACGGACUUCCUCGCAUUAACACAUAA